AUGGACAGAUACUUCUUGCCACUUAACUCAACCUCUGUUUCUGCACAAGUCCCUCACAACACCACAGUUAAUGUCAACGCCACUGUUAAACAUUUUAGCGUGUUUGAUGGCUGUGAGCGGUACUUUGAGGGAGUUCUGUUUGACCUGACCAUACAAAUCGUCAAUGUAAUCGUGGGAAUACCUGCCAACUUGCUUGUCAUUGCAAUUCUUGUCCACAAUCGCAAAGAACCGUCCACUUCAGACCUGUUCCUGGGUUGCUUGGCCUUCAUGGAUGCCUACUUUGGCACCAUGACCCCCCUCAACUUUUUAAAUCUUUACAUCUGGCAUAGCAAAGAGGUCUGGGCAGCCGUUAAGUUUUCCUUCGGUGUUAAAGACACCAGCGGCCCACUGUUUCUUUCUUGCAUCUGCCUGGAUCGAUUUGUGGCAGUGCUCUUCCCGAUCACGUUUGGGCAGCUGAAACCCAUCAAAUACAGAUUAAGCCUCACACUUCUGGUUCUCUGCCUCACCGUCGCCUACUCUACAGCCAAGAUGGUGGGCGGUUUUCCCAACUUCGAGAAGGUGUUCACCGGCGAGGUCCUUGCAACUUUUACCUGGAUGGUGGUCUGUAAUGCCAGCAUAUUAUGGGUCCUGAAGAAAUCUCGUGGCGUCGGGAAAGACGACAUGCAUCCCAUGAAGAAGAAGGCUUUCAACAUGGUGCUCUCCAUCCUCCGUAUCAUUAUUUUCAACUAUUUGCCCCUUGUUGCACUGUUUCCGUUUGAAGAUCAUUACACCCCCGAUGUGUUUCGUUGCUAUGUGCAGCCCGUUGGCUUUGCUUUUCUAAACAUUAGCAGCACUAUCCAACCACUUGUCUACUUGUCCCGUCUGGAGAAGGUUCCUUUCCUUCCAGAUGCUUGCAUUAAGAAGUUCACUUCCUGCAUCACCACAGAAAAAAAUAAAAAUAUAUCCACACAAAAUCCAUCAGCUUAG